AUGGCGGUCCCUUACCGCCUCAAGAAGGCGUUCCUCAACUUGUUGCUUACUAUAUCAUCAGUCUACUUCUACACGAUUCGCUUCGUCUUCUGGUUCGUCAACUAUUUCUUCCGUGAACGUGUUUAUGUGACUCCACCUACUGAUCGCCUUCUCUUGAUCUCAGCAACACAAGCGGUUCGAAUGAUCUCAAAAAAAGAAAUCUCAAGUACGGCACUCGUGGAGAGUUAUAUCCACAGAAUCGAACAGGUCAACAACACAAUCAAUGCAGCCGUGAUUAAACUGUUCGACAGUGCUCGUCAACAAGCCACCGAAGUCGACACAUUCAUGGCUCUCGCCGACGAGGAAGAUAUUCAGAAAAAGCUUGAAGAGAGACCACUGUAUGGAGUACCAUUCACAAUGAAGGAUGCAUUGGAAGUGGAGAAUGAGAUUAUCACUUGCGGAAUUUUCAACAGAAAAGCCACGAAGUGUGAUAGAACUGCCGAAGCAAUCAAACGAUUGAAAGCAGCCGGUGGAAUCUUACUUGCUGUGACCAACGUUCCAGAAGUUUGUAUGUGGGUUGAGUCGGUCAACACUAUUUAUGGAAGAUCAAAGAAUCCAUACGAUGCUCGCCGCAUGACUGGAGGUUCCAGUGGUGGAGAAGGAGCUCUUCUCGGAGCAGCUGGAAGUGUCGUUGGAGUCGGAAGUGAUAUCGGUGGUAGUAUUCGAAUGCCAGCAUUUUUCAAUGGAGUAUUCGGAUUGAAGCCCACUCCCGGAAUAAUUCCAUUGAUUGGACAUGUCCCAGAACCCACUGGAUACAAAACUCAUAUGCUUAGAAUCGGACCAAUGUGCCGAUUCGCUGAAGACUUGCCAUUGAUGUUGAGAAUCAUGGCCGGAGAAAAUGCGAGAAGUUUGAACCUUCACGAGCCAGUCAACGGAAAGAAACUCCGUGUUUUCUACAUGGAAGGAAUUACUGGAAGUCCAAUUAUUCAGCCACUGGAAGACGAAAUGCGAUUCGCGUUGAAGAAAGCCGUUAACUUCUUGGAACGUAAAUACGACAUUGUUGCUCAACGAAUUGAACUUCCAUCAGCCAAACAUGUCAUGGAAUACUUCACUCUUUCGAUGCACGAAGACACAACAGAUCCAGCUUUCAAUAAAUUGAUGCUCUGUACAAAUGGAACAAAGGGAGAAGUCAACUGCUACACUGAGCUCUUCAAAUACUUCACCGGAAAUUCAAUUCACACUUUAUCUGGAAUCAUUGCUGGAAUUAUCGACUCUCGGGACCCACCAUUCUCUGCGAACCACACAAAAGACCUCCUCUACAAAAGGGAUCGUCUGAAGCGUCAAGUCAAAGAAUUACUCGGAAAUGACGGAAUUCUUCUGUUCCCAAGUUGGCCAUGCACUGCAAUGUUCCACAAUGAACCGAUCCUUGCUCCAUUCAAUUUCUGCUACACUGCUCUCUGGAAUGUUCUUUCUGUUCCGGUUGUUCAAUGUCCACUUGGUCUCGAUUCGUAUGGCCUUCCACUCGGAGUUCAAGUCAUUGGAAAUCAAUACACUGACCGUAAUCUCAUUGCUAUUGCCCAAGUACUCGAAGAAGGAUUCAAUGGAUGGACUCCGGCUGGACCGUUGUAA